AUGACGGACUUGUUGUGGUUCAUCCUCUUUGAAGCGUUCGCGGCGAUGGUCGUGGUUCUAGGCUACCGCUCCUGUAGCUACGGACGCGAGGGCCCGGCCGCGGGCGCACAUGCGGAGGCUCAGGAACGGCCACCGGCGCCGGCGCCGGAGCUGGAGCUGGCGAAGCUCCCGUACUUCCCGUACGCGCCGCGGGGCGGUGGCGCCGGCGGCGGCGGCGGCAGGGCGUCGUCGGAGUCGACGUCGACGCUGGUGUGCGCCAUCUGCCUGGAGCAGCUGCGGCGCGGCGAGCCGUGCAGCGAGGUGCCGGCGUGCCGCCACGUGUUCCACGGGGACUGCGUCGCGCUGUGGAUGAAGAGAAGCAACGCCUGCCCGCUGUGCAGGGCGAAGAUCUCCUCGUGGACUGCGAGGCCGCCGCCCAUCGCCGCCAUGGUAUAG